AUGACCUCCCGCCUCAACAAGAAGCUGCGGAGUCCUGAUCACUCUGAUAUUGGUGCAUCUGUUACAGCUCUGACAGUAGAUACAGUGUUUCCCUGUUCUAUAGAUAUCAAAUGUUUUACACAGAACAUAAACCUUAUUACUCAUCAGCCAGCUAAGGCAGGUGAGAGGCCAUUUCCAUGUUCUGAGUGUGGGAAAUGUUUUACAUAUAAAUCAAAUCUUGUUACACAUCAGAGAAGUCACACAGGUGAGAAGCCAUUUCCAUGUUCUGAGUGUGGGAAAUGUUUUGCACACAAAUCAGCUCUUGUUAUACAUCAGAGAAGUCACACAGGUGAGAAGCCAUAUUCUUGUUCUGAGUGUAGGAAAUGUUUUGCAACAAAAUCAUUUCUUGUUACACAUCAGAGGAGUCACACAGGUGAGAAGCCGUAUUCCUGUUCUGAGUGUGGGAAAUGUUUUGCACAGCGAUCACAAUUUGUUACUCAUCAGCAUGCUCACACAGGUGAGAGGCCAUUUUUCUGUUCUGAGUGUGGGAAAUGUUUUUCAUCGAAAUCGCAUCUUGUUAGUCAUCAGAGAAGUCACACAGGUGAGAGGCCAUUUUCCUGUUCUGAGUGUGGGAAAUGUUUCGCACAUAAAUCAGCUCUUGUUACACAUCAGAGAAGUCACACAGGUGAGAAGCCAUUUUCCUGCCCUGAGUGUGGGAAAUGUUUUGCACGGAGAUCACAUUUUGCUACUCAUCAGCAUGCUCACACAGGUGAGAGGCCAUUUUCCUGUUCUGAGUGUGGGAAAUGUUUUGCACAUAAAUCAGCUCUUGUUACACAUCAGAGAAGUCACACAGGUGAGAAGCCAUUUCCAUGUUCUGAGUGUGGGAAAUGUUUUUCAUCGAAAUCACAUCUUGUUACACAUCAGAGAAGUCACACAGGUGAGAAGCCGUAUUCCUAUUCUGAGUGUGGGAAAUGUUUUUCACAGAAAUCAAAUCUUGUUACACAUCACCGAUUUCACACAGGUGAGAGGCAAUUUCUGUGUUCUGAGUGUGGGAAAUGUUUUGCAUACAAUUCAGUUCUUAUUAGACAUCAGAGAAGUCACACAGGUGAGAAGCCAUUUCCAUGUCCUGAGUGUGGGAAAUGUUUUGCACGGAAAUCAGAUCUUAUUAUACAUCACAGAAGUCACACAGAUGAGAAGCCAUUUCCAUGUUCUGAGUGUGGGAAAUGUUUCACACAGAAAUCAGUUCUUGUUAGACAUCAGAGAAGUCACACAGGUGAGAAGCCAUUUCUAUAUUUUGAGUGUGGGAAAUGUUUUGCAUACAAAUUAGUUCUUAUUAGACAUCAGAGAAGUCACACAGGUGAGAAGCCGUAUUCCUGUUCUGAGUGUGGGAAAUGUUUUUCAUCGAAACCAGAUCUUGUUUGUCAUCAGAGAAGUCACACAGGUGAGAAGCCAUAUUCCUGCUCUGAGUGUGGGAAAUGUUUCGCACAGAACUCAGCUCUUGUUACACAUCAGAGAAGUCACACAGGUGAGAAGCCGUAUUCCUGUUCUGAGUGUGGGAAAUGUUUUAUCCAGAAAUCACAUCUUAUUAAACAUGAGAGAAGUCACACAGGCGAGAAGCCAUUUUCUUGCUAUGAGUGUGGGAAAUGUUUUAUCCAGAAAUCACAUCUUAUUAAACAUGAGAGAAGUCACAUAGGUGAGAAGCCAUUUUCUUGUUAUGAGUGUGGGAAAUGUUUUACCUGGAAAUCACAACUUGUUACACAUCAGCGAAGUCACACAGGUGAGAGGCCAUUUCCAUGUUCUGAGUGUGGGAAAUGUUUUGCACACAAAUCAGAUCUUAUUAAACAUGAGAGAAGUCACACAGGUGAGAAGCCAUUUUUUGCUCAGAAUGUGGGAAAUGUUUUACACGGAAAUUAGAUCUUUUUACACAUCAGAGAAGUCAGACGGAAAAAGCCAUUUCCAUGUUCUGAGUGUGUGAAAUGUUUUACAUAGAAAUCACAACUUGUUACACUUCAGCGAAGUCACAAGUGAGAGGCCAUUUCCAUACUCUGAGAAAUAAAUCAGCACAAUAGACAUCACUCAGGUGAGGAACCAUUUUAAUCUUCUGGAGUAUUCUCAUCAAUGCCAUGCGUUGUUCUUCAAGGUUCUUCUAUUUCCUAUGCUUUUUGCAAUAUACAUGUUACCACUGGGUGAAAUAAUCAGAUGUCAUGCCAUCAUCUACCACUGCUGUACAGAUGACCUGUCUUUUGCUCCAGGUACUGAGAACCCAGUACCAAUCCUAAAUAGUUGUCUAGCUGAGCUCCAGGUGUGGGUGAUGCCAGUUGGCUGUGACUCAGUCCUGGUGAAACAGGUCCUUAUGAUAGAAACUCACCAACAAAGGGCAGGGCUACAGCUCAGCUUUGCAAACCAACCAGACUUAAGCUUGUGGGUUCAGAGUUACAAAAUGCUGAUCCUGAGUGGAAUCUUGGUGUCCUGGAUGGUGGAGUGACACUUAGACAUCAGGUAUCAGCCACAAGCAGAAGAUUCCCUCAGAAGAUCUACCUACAGUCAUACAUGCACUUGUAUCAUCACACAUAGACUACUGCAAUGUCCUCUACCUGGGUCUCCCAGCAAAAGAAUUACACGGCUUGUAGCUUGUACAGAAUGCAGCAGCCAGGCUGUUACCUAACCAGCCCGUUCCUGCCACAUAACACCCAUUCUAUGCUCCCUUCACCGGCUGCCUGUAAGAUGGUGACUCUAUUACAUAAUCUUACUGACUCUCCCAGCCCUACAUGACCAGGGUCCAUUGUACCAGAAGCAGCUUCUGCCUCCUUACUGCCCUGCUUUCUUACUUCCAUCUGGAGACAAAGGACUGUUACCAGCAGUACCAAGAAUCCCCAAGCAGUUCUGAGAUGUCAGAGGGGGAGACAGGGUGGUGGCACUAGUGCUGUAGCGGGGGCUGCCAGAGGCACUGUCUAUGGGUAAUAUUGUCCCCAAGCAGUGCUGAGGUGGAA